UAAGAAGCUAAAAUUAAUUUCAUGUUCAUCGGCCUUGAAGUACCAUUUAGAGGUAUACCUUGGAGCAAUAAUUUAUUCCAUCAUGCCACAAGGUGCUUGAAAAUCAACCAAAAUUUACAAAUACUCAUAAACCCAAACUGGGGAGAUCACAAAUCACAUUGAGCCAAAACGCAUCCAGUGUUUUCUUCAGUUACAAAUAAAACGAAUAUGUCCAUGCUGCUACCACAUCCUCACCAGCAUUUCCUAAAAGGCCUUUUAAGAGCACCUUUCCGACGUUACCACUUCAUCUUUCACUCAAGUACUCAUCUCGGAUCAGGAAUCCCAUGUGCUCAGCCGUUUAAUUCUCUUGGAUUCCAUUGUACAAAGUGGGUGCUGCUGUCAGAUGGUUUAAAGAGAAAAUUAUGUGUACAAACAACCUUAAAGGACCACACAGAAGGACUUUCUGAUAAAGAGCAAAGAUUUGUGGAUAAACUUUAUACUGGUUUAAUCCAAGGGCAAAGGGCCUGUUUAGCAGAGGCCAUAACUCUUGUAGAAUCAACUCACAGCAGGAAAAAGGAGUUAGCCCAGGUGCUUCUUCAGAAAGUAUUACUUUACCACAGAGAACAAGAACAAUCAAAUAAAGGAAAACCACUAGCAUUUCGAGUAGGAUUGUCUGGGCCCCCUGGUGCUGGAAAAUCAACAUUUAUAGAAUAUUUUGGAAAAAUGCUUACUGAGAGAGGGCACAAAUUAUCUGUGCUAGCUGUGGACCCUUCUUCUUGUACUAGUGGUGGAUCACUCUUAGGUGAUAAAACCCGAAUGACUGAGUUAUCAAGAGAUAUGAAUGCAUACAUCAGGCCAUCUCCUACUAGAGGAACUUUAGGAGGCGUGACAAGGACCACAAAUGAAGCUAUUCUGUUGUGUGAAGGAGCGGGAUAUGACAUAAUUCUUAUUGAAACCGUUGGUGUGGGUCAGUCGGAGUUUGCUGUUGCUGACAUGGUUGACAUGUUUGUUUUACUACUGCCACCAGCAGGAGGAGAUGAGUUGCAGGGUAUCAAAAGGGGUAUAAUCGAGAUGGCAGAUCUGGUAGCUGUAACUAAAUCUGAUGGAGACUUGAUUGUGCCAGCUCGAAGGAUACAAGCGGAGUAUGUGAGUGCACUGAAAUUACUCCGCAAACGUUCACAAGUCUGGAAACCAAAGGUAAUUCGUAUUUCUGCCAGAAGUGGAGAGGGGAUCUCUGAAAUGUGGGAUAAAAUGAAAGAUUUCCAGGACCUAAUGCUUGCCAGUGGGGAGCUGACUGCCAAACGACGGAAGCAACAGAAAGUUUGGAUGUGGAAUCUCAUUCAGGAAAGUGUGUUAGAGCAUUUCAGGACCCAUCCCACAGUCCGGGAACAGAUUCCACUUCUGGAACAAAAGGUUCUCACUGGGGCCCUGUCCCCAGGACUAGCAGCAGACUUCUUGUUAAAAGCUUUUAAAAGCAGAGACUAAUAAAAUUCAUCCUGUAUAAUAAUUUUACAUAUCAUUUCAUAAAGUAUUUUAAUAGAAAAAUCACUUGUAUGCUUAUAUUUUCAGUAAUUAUUGUAUGGUGCUCUUGUCUUCUUUGUUUGUGACCCAUGCUUGAAAACUUGAAGGAAGUUAGAUAUGAAUAGCAAAAGUUAGGCAGUAUUUAUAAGGUACCUGUUGUAUGUUACUGAUUUCUGUUUCCUUCUCUUCUUACACCCUGGCAUGGUGGCCUGUAGGGUAGUUUCUUCUUAUUAGUCAAGAACAGAGAAAGCUGAGGAGAGUAGAAAAUAUCUUGCACUUUAAAAUGCUUACUUUGAUUCCAUAUUAUCUGAAUUUCCAGGGAAGAUGUAAACAAGAGUGACCAUGUUUUUGGAGUCCUUCUUGAAGCCAGAACAACACACAGUGGGUUGCUAAGAGCUGAAAAUCAUAAUUGACAUUUAGUGUACCAGAUUAUUCUAAGAAUUUCUGAAAUCACCAUGUACAUGAGUAAUGAAACAACUGGAAUAAUGUGAUGAUGUGAACACAAUUUUAAAGUCCGCUUGUCUGGAUUUGCAGGUACCCUUCCCCCACCCCCCAACAUGAUAGGUAAGAGAGCAAAAGGGAACUGGGAAAAUCAGCUACAAAUAAAAUGGGUGACUAAUCCCCAAUUCUUGGACCCAUUAUAUUUGUAGCUGAUUGGAGUAAACCCCUAAAAGACGAAGUGAGGUCAGAAUGAUUCAAGGAUUAUUCAGUUUGAAGACUACCAAAGGCUUUUGCUUUUCUUCCUUGGCCAUUUCACUUCAUUUUAGUAUUUUAAAAAUCUUUUUUCUUGAUGGUGAACAAGUUUUGUCCUAUGCUAUGGAGGAAGCAUAGCACAGUGAUUAAGAGCUUGGGCUCUGUAGUUGGACUAUGUGGGUUUAAACUUUAAACCCAGAUCAAUCAUAUAUUAGCUAUAUGGGUUAAUCUCUUUAAGCUUCCAUUUCCUCCCUGGUAAAAUGAAAUUGGCAAAUAACUUUCUAAGGUUAGUGAAGAUUAAGUGAAAUAACAUAGGAGAAUUAUUUAACUGUCAUGAUGGUGUAUAGGAAAUACUCAAAGGCUGCUUACUAUCAUUAUUACAUUAAAGUUGUGGGUACCUGAAACUGUACAAACCUGAUGUAUAAUUUCAGUUUUCUCUCAUGGUCUUGUUACUACCAUCAUACUCUUGAUAUUUUAGGAUAUUUUAGGAUUAUCUUUGAAGAACCCUUUCUAGUUAAUUCUUUGAAUAUAUUUUAUACUUAUUUGAUGGUAGUUGUAACUAUGUACAUUUGAAUAAAAUUUCUAACCAUAAAAUUUCUCCAUUGCACAAAAAGCCUUUAUAGAAGUUUCUAACAUAUUCUGUUCUGAACCCUGUAGAAUAUUUUAUGUAGUAUAGCAGCUUGCAUUGUUACUUACUGUACUGAUUCCUAUGUAGAAUCAAACCUCUUGAGCAUUAUUUUAACAAACAUCCCUUUACAUUUUUUGGAAAGAUUUUUAGUACUCCAUUGGCAUAGCUAUUUCAUACAAGGAUUAGGAGAAACUUUGAAAGGUUACCUAUUAGACUUUUCUGAUUUUAGAAAGGACUACCAUUAAACCACCCUAUCAGACAAAAAAAAUGGUUUUUAGAAACCUGAGAGAAGGAAUUUUGUAAUUUCCCUGAGUAAGCUGUUACAGGGAAUAACAAAUCUCCUGCCACAUGUGGCACAGUGUAAGUAAUGCUGGAGCACACAUACUGCAUUGUAAAGAAGGUAGGAAAGGUGGGGGGGACUUUUGUUAGCUUUAAUUUUAAGGCUAAAGGCAUUUCUUCUCAGUUUGAACUACUUUUAAAUGUUAUAAAUGUCAUCAUAAAAAUCAUUAGAAAACUCA